CUUCAGGCAGCCGAGCGGGGCCAGAACUGCGAGAUAAGUAGUCUAGAAGAGUGUGAGUUCAGUCCAAAGAUGGCAAUGGAGCCUUCCCUGAAAGUUAAUCUGACGAUGUUCUACCGUGGCAAUGGCCUGCCUGGAAAGGUCGCGUUCAACCUCACUCUGCAAGGAAUCUACAGCAAUACCACCAAAUUCAGAUUCCGCAACACCAAGUUCGACGAGUGUGACCUCUGCCGCCAAGUCCAGCUGCAUAACGUGGUUUUGCCUCACGAGGGCCAAGUCCACUGGAGCUGCACUUUCUUCGAGGAGCCCUACUACACCGACAGCAGCAUCGAGCUCGUUGUGGCGGACGGGAGGGGCGGAGGAAGCCAGUAUUAUUUCAGGGUUCCUGAAGGAGUCAGGAUCAACGGGAGGGCGAACGAAACCACCUGGCAAUUAUUUCUGCUGCUGCGCUUGAGUGACUUGGAGACCGACCACCGGCUCUCUGUAUCCCUCCAGCUGGCGCCCUUCGGAGGACUCAACUAUACGGUGGUCCUCGUGAGGUGCACUUCGGGAGAUGCGGGGGACUGCCCUGAAAACGGAGAGGAGGUCGACCGAAAAACCAUAGCGGGUCCUGUCGAGGCUCCGGCGAUGGCCAGGCAGGAGGCAGUGGAAUUCACGGUGACAGAGAUCGGGAUGUAUGUGGUGACUGCACAGAUUCUCAGCCCGAGAUGUAAUAACUGCACAUUCCUCUCGGUUUCCCCUCUGUUCGCCCUGGAGGCCAACAAGCUGGUUCCGAGAGUGGUCGGAGGCGCGGCGGCACUCGUCCUCCUGGUCGCGGCACUAUCUGGCACUUGCAUCCUCUGCGCACGGCACCACAGAGAGCCCCAAUCGAUGGACGACAGAACACAUCGCGCUGUCGGAUCGGAUCCUGUUCCUGCUACCAGCGGAUCUCCACGGCCACAGCAUCACGCCCAUCAUCAACCAGUGGGAUCACGCCCCAACCACUUCACCAGCACCGUCCGCAAUCGCCCCUGCGCCGCCACCGUCGUCUUGCCCUUCAGUGGCGAGAUUCCUUGUCAGAUCUUUGACCUGCGGAGGUUCCGUCUCCCUCGUGACCUGCCAUCGAUGGUCACAUGGACACACCACGGCGACGUGACCCCGAACCAUUACAUCAUGUGGCGUCUUCACCUCCACGGCUUGACCUCCAGCCUCGCCAGGGUCAAGUCGAGGAUGCUUCAGGCGAUGAAGGAGCACCGGGAAAGGCUAGCUGGGGUGACGGAUCGAGACGCGUCGUGUUCGAGCGCCACCAGCCUGCUUCUUUGGAAUGGCAAGAUGACGAGGACGAGCACGUCAGAGGAUCCUGUUCGUCCGGCCACGAAUGGGCAGCAGGAAAAGCAGUUCCCGACGGAGGGCCGGGAAGACCCGAGACCCGGAGGAGAGUUCGACCCGAUGAUUAGUUCCGCCGAAGAUCUGGUCGGAGGGAGAAACCGAGGUGUUCGUUUUAGCUCCCUGGCUUCGGCUUCAGAAAAUGACCCCGACGAUAAACUUCCAGACUCAGUAUUCAUGUAAUUUGCCUUUGGCGGCCGCCUGCCUCUCACUACCUCUACCAACCUGUCCGUGUAUAUGUUUAUCUGUCUGUCAUUUUUCUCUUUAUGUUUCUCUUAAUUUAUGUGAAAAAAUUAUAACCUAUCGAUGACCCACUUCCAAAAAAAAGUGAAAGUUCUGUACAGAACGAGACAAUCACACGAUUUUUAUGUGAAAGAGAUAAUAGAUAUAAAUAAAAUGUUUUGUUUGAAUUUUGAAGAAAAAAAAAAAAACGUUGAAAUACAUGUAGUCUGUUGAUCUGUU